AUGGGACUCAUCAUUAAUAUAUUGACGGGCAUAUGCGUGGCAACAGGCGCGUUGGCCGGUUCCUAUCAGCCCAAGUUCCGCGUUUCUCCGAUCGAUGGUUCAAAGAUUGCACUUCCAACAAAGGAGCAAUUGGCGUUGCAAGACAAGGAGAUUGGAGUUCUGAUUCAUUAUGAAAUAGCAACCUAUCUUGACAUUGAUGGCUGUAAUGAGGUCCCUGACCUUGUCCCUGACAUCUCUCUAUUUGACCCAACCUCUAUCAAUACCGAUGGGUGGAUGGACUCGGCUGCUGCCCUAGGCGCGAAAUAUGCCACCCUUGUCGCUAAGCAUAACUGUGGCUUUGCCAUCUGGCCUAGUGAAGUGACCUUCCAAGAUCGGGAAAAUCAGACUGUCCCAUACAAUUAUACAAUCGCCCAGUCACCGGUCCAUGGCCAGAACGUCGUCAAGAGCUUUGUGGACUCUGCCAAAAAGUACAACAUUGGGCAUGGGUUCUACUAUAGCGUUGUCGUGAACAAUUACCUAAAUGUGCAGGAUUCAGAUGUUCGUGCCGGCACUUGGGCUCCCGGCCAAGUCAAUAUCACGAAUGGUACAUACGACCAAAUCGUCUAUGACCAAUUGAGUGAAUUGUGGAAGAGCUAUGGCAUGUUGACCGAGAUCUGGUUUGAUGGAGGUUACAGCAGCGACCAGAAAGAUAAGAUCGAGACGCUUUUACAAGAAACUCAGCCCCAGGCGGUGAUUUUCAAUGGAUGUGACACGGACGGGACUUGCGUUUCGGCUAACCCAAUUCGAUGGAUCGGAACAGAACUUGGGGAAGCACCGGAGGAAAACUGGUCUACUGGUCUAACAAAUGAUGGCGGAGAUCAUACGAGCCCGUAUUUUUGCCCUGCUGAAUGCGACACCACCUUGCAGACCGAUGAUCGGUGGUUUUUCGGCGUUGAUCAACAAUUGAGGUCUCUGGAAGAGAUGAUCGGUGUCUACCAUAAGACUGUCGGUCGAAACUGUAUCCUUGAGCUAGAUCUGUCCCCUGAUCGAAGUGGAGCUAUCUCAAAAGAACACGCAGCCCGCUACAAGGAAUUAGGGGACUUCAUCAACUCAUGUUAUGGCAAGCCUGUCGCGGGGAAGGCUGCCCACUCAUCCAAUGAAAAGGGCGAGUAUAUAAUCAAGCUUGAAAAACCUACCAACAUUGACCGCAUUGUGUUGAUGGAGGACCAAACGAACGGCCAAGUGAUUCGGUCAUACCAGGUGCAUGCGAAGAUCCUUGAGAACCAAGAUGCCAACAGUGCCGCAGAUGUGACUUUCAAACUUCUUUCGAAUGGUACAAGUAUUGGCCAUAAGAAGAUUGAUAUAUUUGACAAGGCUGUUUUAGCGACGGAGAUUUUGGUCAAGACCAAAUAUGUGGAUAUUCCGAAAUGGAAAUCUGUGUCGCUUCAUCUUUGUGACUAA